UGUGUGUGUUUAGCGAGAGCGUGAGCCAACGAGUGAGAGCAGUGUGUGUGGAGUGAGCAAGUGCAGAGCGAGCCACUCACACGGAGCAUGCCUCUGCGUCCUGCAGCCGGCAAACAUGAGCCACCCAGCUCUCCACAGCAGGACCAGCACACACACUCACACCCCUACACACACACCAACGGCAGCGAGGGGGCCAGCUCUGACAGCGGCAGCUCACGGGAAGAGGACAGCGGCAUCCCCGUUUCUGUCAGUGUUUUCUCUUUCCGUCCCGCUCGGGAGCGGAGCCCCAGUGCAGGAGGAGGCAUGGCGCAGGACAAGGGCAACACGUUGGUGAUCCGCAUCGGAAUACCAGACCUGGCACAGACGAAAUGUAUGAAGUUCGACGUGGACGCUCCUAUCUGGUUAUCUAAGCAGCAUAUCCUGUGUACUCUGAACCAGAGCCUGAAGGACGUGCUGAACUACGGCCUCUUCCAGCCAGCUCACAAUGGAAAGGCUGGCAAGUUCCUGGAUGAAGAGAGGCAGCUGAAGGAAUACCCACUCCCUUCUGCUACACCUGUACCAUACCUGGAGUUCCGCUAUAAGAGACGUCUCUACACACAGUCCCACCUGGAUGACAAGCAGCUCUCCAAACUACACACCAAGGCGAACCUGAAGAAGUUUAUGGAGUAUGUACAGCAGAGGAACAUCGAAAAGGUGUCCAAGUUCCUGGAGAAAGGUCUGGACCCCAACUUCCACGACCCUGAAUCGGGAGAAUGUCCUCUGACCAUGGCGUCUCAGCUGGAGGGCUGUGCAGACCUCAUCAAGGUGCUGAAGAGUGGAGGAGCUCACCUGGACUUCAGGACCCGAGACGGCAUCACUGCACUGCACAAGGCUGUCCGCACCAAGAACCAUACGGCCCUCAUAACGUUGCUGGACCUGGGUGCGUCUCCUGACUAUAAGGACAGUCGGGGGUUAAGUCCGCUCUAUCACAGCUCUAUGGUAGGAGGAGACCCCUACUGCUGUGAACUUCUGCUCCAUGACCACGCUCAGGUGGGCUGUGUGGACGAGAACGGAUGGCAGGAGAUACACCAGGCAUGCCGUCAUGGUCAUGUUCAGCACUUGGAGCACCUGCUGUUUUACGGAGCCGACAUGGCUGCUCAGAACGCCUCUGGAAACACCGCCCUUCACGUCUGUGCCCUCUACAACCAGGAUAGUUGUACCAGAGUUCUACUGUUUCGGGGAGUGAAUAAAGAGAUCAAGAACUACAACAGCCAGACAGCCUUUCAGGUGGCCAUUAUAGCAGGAAACUUUGAUCUGGCUGAAAUCAUCAAGAUCCACAAAGUGUCAGACGUUGUGCCUUUCAGGGAGACCCCAUCCUACACCAACCGUAGACGUGUGUUGGUGGGAGGACUGCCCUCGCCCCGCUCCCUGCUGCGCUCCGCUAGCGACAACAACCUCAACGGGGACAGCAGUCAAGGUCUGGGUCAAGGUCUGGGGCAGGGUCACGGUCGACAGGGUCAGUCUCCUGUCCCCUCUCUGAGAAGCCUCCCUGCACUGGGACAACACCAACAACAUGCCAGCCUGGGGGAGACUCGUCAUGGAGAGGUGCCAGACAGCAGUCUCCAGAGCACAGGCAGCUCUCGCUCCUCCCACUCCCGCUCUCCCUCGCUACACAGUCAUCUGCAUGAGGGCGAUCAGGGCAUCAGGAAGACACACGGACACCCUCUAGGACACGUCCCUCGAGGACGGCUCAGCCCGGGUACGGUGCAACGGGACCCCAGUCCCCCCACCCACACCCCUCCUGCCAUUGCCGGUGCCAGCGGGCCCAAGCGGAAACUCUACAGCGCCGUACCGGGACGUACCUUCAUCGUGGUCAAACCGUACACGCCACAGGGCGAAGGAGAGAUCCAGCUGAACCGUGGAGAGAGAGUGAAAGUGUUGAGUAUAGGAGAAGGAGGUUUCUGGGAGGGCACGGUCAAGGGGAGAACAGGCUGGUUCCCUGCCGACUGUGUGGAAGAGGUUCAGAUGAGACAGUAUGACCCUCGGCUAGAGACAAGAGAGGACCGCACCAAGAGACUGUUCAGACACUACACUGUGGGAUCUUACGACAACGUCACCUCAUACAGUGAUUACAUCAUAGAGGAGAAGAAUGCUAUGCUGCAGAAGAAAGAAAACGAAGGCUUCGGCUUCGUCCUGCGGGGAGCCAAAGCUGAGACGCCUAUUGAGGAGUUCACCCCAACACCUGCAUUCCCUGCCCUCCAGUACCUGGAGUCUGUCGACGUGGAGGGAGUGGCCUGGAGGGCUGGGCUUAGGACAGGAGACUUCCUCAUAGAGGUGCACGGAGUGAACGUGGUGAAGGUGGGCCAUAAGCAGGUGGUGUCUCUGAUCAGACAGGGGGGCAACAGUCUGCUGAUGAAGGUGGUUUCUGUCACACGCAAACCUGAGUCUGAGGAGGUGGUCCGCAAGAAAGACAGACCUCCCCCUCCGCCUCGUGUCAUUGGAGGCCAGCCGGCUUAUACCGUCCAUCGGAUACUGGAUUCCCGCCGGGUGCAGCGGUCCUGGCAGUAUCUGGUGGACUGGGAAGGCUACGGUCCUGAGGAGCGCUCCUGGGUUCCUGCCAAAGACAUACUGGACCCUGACCUCAUUCGUCAGUUCAGGGCCCUCCACCCCGAGAGAGCUGGUAGGAACGUCAGGAGCCGUUCCUAGGGGGGGGAUUCUGUCAGGAUUUGGCCAGGGUUGUUCCGGGUUUUUUCACUAGAUGCCCCCAUUGUGCUUUUUGACCUUAUGUUUUUUCCCUUGAUCCCCAUUAUUAUUUGCACCUGUGCAUCGUUUACCCUGAUUAUAUUUAAACCCUUUGUUUCCCUCAGUUCUGUGCUCUGUGUUUGUAUGUUAGCACCCAGCCCUAGUGUUCUGUGUGCUCUUGUCGAUUCCGGGUGACGCUCUUGUGGAAUUCUGUUUUUUUUGUUUUUGUUCAUUUUUUGUGAGUAUCUCUUGAGGCUUUUUUGUGCUUUACCUUCCACCUUUUGGAUUUGCCAUUUUUGUAUUUGAAGGACUUUUUACUUUAUUAAAUACACCGUCUUAAGUA